CGGGGCCGGGGGCGGGAGUUUCUGGCACUUUCUCGGUGCUGCUAGGGUUUCAGGCGCAAGACACUGGAGGCCGGAAACGCCGGUUGAGGAUCCGCUGCUGUCGCCCUAGCGCCAGCCGGUCCGCUUCUACCUCCAGCCAGGCGGAGCCCAGAGCUCGCCACUGUCACUGCGGCCUGAGAAGCCAUGGCCAAAUGGGGUCAAGGGGAUCCGCGCUGGAUCGUGGAGGAGAGGGCUGACGGGACCAACGUAAACAACUGGCACUGGACAGAGCGGGACGCAACCAACUGGUCAAAGGGGAAGCUGCGGGAACUCCUGGUGGGGGUCAUGGUGGAGAAUGAGGUUGGCAGCUGUGAGAUCAGUGACCUGAAGCAGGUGGAAGGGGAGGCCUCCUGCAGCAGCCGCAAGGGGAAGCUGAUUUUCUUCUAUGAGUGGAACAUCAAACUAAGCUGGAAAGGUACAGUCAAGGAAUCUGGUGCAAAGCAUAGAGGAUCAGUUGAAAUACCCCACCUCUCUGAAGAAAAUGAAGUAGAUGACACAGAGGUAAAUGUGAGUAAAAAGAAAGGAGAUGGAGAUUCACUGAAGGAUCUUAUGAAAACUGCAGGAGUGGUUAAGGUCAGAGAAGCCCUUGAAGAUUACCUAAAAGCCCUGAAAACAGAAUUUACAACAGGAAUGAUUUUACCAACAAAAGCUGCACCUGCUCAGGAACUGACUGCAAAAAGAAAACUGAAUGAGCAUUCUUUUCCGGACUCUGUGUCUUCAAUGGCUUUGGGUGCAGUAGGUGUGAAGAUUCCAACAGUGACAAUAUGUAUGAGGGAACUGUUUGACAUAGCAGUGGAAGAGCUAUAUAGCAUCUUCACCACUAAGGAGUUGGUUCAGAAGUUUUCUAAAUCUAUUGCUGUGAUAGAAGCUGAAAAAGGAGGCAAGUUCCAGAUGUUUGAUGGGAAUGUUACAGGUGAAUACCUAGAACUGUUAUCCAACACAAAGAUUGUCAUGAAGUGGCGAUGUAAGAGCUGGCCAGAGGAACAUUAUGCAACUGUUAUCCUGAAUUUUGUGCCGGUGGUAGGACAAACAGAAUUACAGUUGAACUGCAAAGGAGUUCCUGUUUGUAAAGAAGAAAGUACGAGAAAGUGCUGGGAGAAGCAACAUUUUGAAGAAAUAAAGAGGUGUACAGUAGCUUUUGGCAAUCCUGAACAGUUAAAUUAGCUAGAAGACAUUUUAUAUGGGCAUUACUUUUUAUAAGUGGAAAAAAAAUUCAUUCCUUAGUAAGCCUCUUUUUUUCCUUUCUUUUUAAAAUGCAAAAUCCUUAAUUUAUUUUGUGCUGGUGAAAAUCCCAUCAAUAUGUACACAAUUUUAAGUAUUAUUUAUGGGUCCUCACUGUGAACAAGACUAUGGAUUUAGAACUAAAAGCUGUGAGCAAUUUAAAAUAAAAUAGUAAUUUUGUCUAUUCUACCUUGGCUGCUAAAACUCUGGGACUGGUCUGAUAGUUUGAAAUACCAGAGUAGUAGUUUAUAACUUCCUAAUCCAACGUUUUGGCCAUGAUCUCUAGCCUUUAAAUUAAGGUAGUGUAAAAUCCCAAAAUUGGGGGUUGAAGGGUAGGGGAGAAGGGCGGAUGGGGGCAAGGGGUGGAGGUGAUAAUUCUAUGUAGUAAAGAUAAAAGGCAUGUUUCAGAGACAGCAAGACUAACCUGGGUGCAGCACUUGUUCUUCUAAAUUCCCUGGGCCCAGCUGGCCCCUCAGCAAAGGCAAGAAUAAGUGAUUCUGGGUGGUGGUGGGGAGACCUGGUCUAAACUGGGCAGCCCUAUAGGUAAGGGGAAACAAUAGCAUUUAUUUAACAGCCUUGAAAGGAUCUGAGAAUGAAAAGACUUGCUCUUUAAAUCUACUUUUCUACUAUUAAUUAGUACAAUUAGAAGAAACAACGGAUUCCCUUUCCUCCCCCUCCCUAGUUCCCUUGACCCAAUUUAUUUACCUGAAGAAUCUGAAGACUGAAGCAACUUAAGUAAACAAAUGAAAAGUCAUCACAAUCAGUUUAAUGAAGUGCACAGAAUAGCAUCGGUCAUGUCAAUAAAAAUAAAACAAUUAUUUUUACAUCAAGUGUGCUUUAUUUCCUCCACAGGUAUUCUGUUAAAUAAAGCACCAUAUAUAUACUGCCAGGCCACAGCUAAAGAGGAUUCUUUACAGAAUCAAAUUUCUUGUGGUUGUUUCGUAUACAAGUAAACUUAAUUUUGAUAAUAAGAACCACAGCGAUCUGAGGCAAUCUGCCUCUAUUAUAAGGUACAAAACUGGCACAGAGGACACCAUAUUAUACACAGUAAAAAUGCCAUAAGUUUAAAUUACAUUGUACAGGGUCAUGAAACCCUGUUCUCCCAGACAGCCAUAUUAAAUGAAAGCCACUACAGUGAACUCUUAAUUACAUAAAACAUAUCCAUUAUCUGAUUGCCCUUAAGAAAAGUGUACUGGAGAUGCAAAAUUUCUCAUCUGGAGUUCUGCCUGACCAAGAAUUAAGCCUAUAAAUCUAUCUUGCCAUUCAAGCAGAGAGCACUGGACAAACUGAAGCACAAAACAGAAAUAAGCAAAACUUAUACAAACAGCAUCUUGGAAAAAAAGACUUAAAAGCAGACAUGCUACAUCUAAUGUCAAGAAGCAGCUUGGUUUCCUUUGCCAGCUAUCCUUGUGACCACAAGAAUCGUAGAUUCAAUGGUCCUACACAGGGUGUCUAAAAUGUCAUGUUGCUGCAUGUGACUAAAGAGUCCUCUGGAAUGGCCACAACUGAGUGAUAAACUAGUUUCAGGAUCCUGGGAGGACAAAGCUUGGCCAUCGCAGUAGUCAGACAAAACUGCAGAAAUUGAUGUAGAAGGGAACUCGGGUUCCUCCUCGGCUAGGUUAGAAUCCUUGGAACUCUGGGGGUCUUUAAACUCUCUACAGACUUCUUCAAACUUGCCACUGCUAGACUGAUCUUCCACAUGCUGUGACCUAAUAUUUGAAAUGUCUUCUGAAAAUGAAGAUGGGACUUCCAUUCUGUACUCUUUGACAGAACUAUUUUCAGGGGAAGGAAGAUCUUGUUCAGUGCCUGGAUCAAUAAUUGAAGAGUCUCUUGUCUCAUUAUCUGAAGUGCUAGUUGGAGUCAAUACCUCCCUUGGUUCAGUUUUCAUGUCACUGAUGCAGCUGUCUACAGUAUGUUCUUCAUCACUGCUAACACGCCUUCUUUUAACAGGAGUUGCCUCUUCAUCAUCUAUGAAAGAAAACAUCUGGACUGAAAUGUUUCAUUUCCUAACAUAAAUCAUUAAGCUCAUCUGAGGGUAAAAAUCAAAUUUGCUUUGCAAGAAUGAAUUGUUAUACUGUUUUCCUACUUGUAUUUGAGAAGGAAAAAAUCAAAGUUUGAUUGCUCCAUCGCAUGCUUCAAAGAUUUGUAAUUUCAUCAUUGUGGGCAUUGUCCUUCACUGACACAAGACUGUAAGCUUUCUGAUAACUCAUUACGUGAUCUUCAAUAGUUGUCCCCACCCUGCCAAAAUUAGUGAUGAACUUUUCCCACAUUUAUCUAAAUGGAUAUAUAUUCUGUCCAUAAAGGCCCCAUACUUUUAUACACCCUUUCCAGCUUGGCUGUUGGACUUCCCAGAGCUGCCAUUCCCUCUAAUAGCUUUCAAGAACCCAGGAUCAUCUCCAUCAACCCCACAGUGAUCUUUGGUUCAACUAUCUUGUAUGUGUUUAAAAAGGGAGGAAACUAUACUAUGAAUAAAAACCUAUAUUGGGCUUAAA